UGAAGAGAUCUCGUCCGGGUCUACAGCCGAUUGUGGAAGGAGGUUCUGACGAUGGAGAAGAUGUAGGAGUCAAGCCGAAACAGCUUGGGAGACCCAUGGAGACUGAACGCCAGGAGAGGUGGGAUCCUGACGUCUGCAGGAAGGCAGAGAUGGGGGACAGGAAGGUCCCUAAGGCUCACCAGUUCUUCCCUCGGCCUCGGGGUCUCCCCCCAGCAAAGGGGCAGGCUGCUGGACCCUCUUCUCCCCUUCCCCAACUUCCCAGCUUGGAGAAUGCUGCUCAGCUGCCCCCUGACCCAUCAGUCGUGGCCUUUUGUCCGAGGCUGAAGACUCUCUCCUGCGAAGACGUUUGCUUAUUGGCAACCCGGCAGGGACCGCUUUUUGACGCGGUGUCUCCGGACCUCCCCGUCCGUCUGUCGCCCAUCGGGGCGUAUUCCCCACCAGCUCGAAGCCUGCUCCCCUUCCUCAGCAGCCCUGAUCUGGCCGUCCUGUUCUCCCCCUUUUUCCCCUCCAGCAAAUCCUUCCCCAUCUUAGCUUUCCCCACCCACCAGGUGCCCGAGCUGUCACUUGGAGCCCGAGACCCCAUGGGAAAGCAGGGUGGAAAGGGUCCCUGGGGGAAAGCUAUGAGCGCCAAGGAGUCGGGAGCCCCUCGCCAACUUCGACAUUCUCAGUCCUUUGCUGGGGUCUCACUCCAAGGAUGCCCAGCGAGGAAAGGAGAUGCGGUUUCUACACAGCUUCGACAACAGAAAAAAGCGCUGCUGGUGGCCGUCAGUGCUUCCGUGGACAAAAUCAUGGCUCAUUUCAGCACCGCCAGGAACCUCGUUCAAAAGGCUCAGCUGGGUGAUAGUCAGCUCACCCCCGAAGUGGGGUAUUUGAUCCUCAAUACGCUGUGCCCUGCCUUGCACGCCCUGGUGGGUGACGGCCUGAAGCCUUUUCAGAAGGACGUCAUCACGGGACACCGGCCCAGUUCUCCGUGGAGCGUCAUUGAAGCUUCGGCCAGGCCAGGUCCCCACACCAGAUCCUUUACCGCGUUAUACUGGCGUGUGUCACGUCUGGCCCCACUCCGGAGUAACCACCAACGCUUCCAUGCUUUUAUCCUGGGCCUUCUGAAUUUGAAGCAAGUAGAGGAAUGGUUCGCGCAGCUGCAGAGAAACUCAGAACUGAUCUCCUCGCUCUACCUGCCCACUGCUUUCCUCCUCCUGAGUCAGCGGUUCUGCCACCGUUGGGCCGAAGAGCUGCUUCUUCUCCUGCAACCCCUUUCCGUCCUCACCUUCCAACUGGACUUGCUCUUCGAACACCGCCACCUGCCCGUCAGUGUCCGGCCGAUGGCCCAGCGAAGUACCCCGUCUCCCGAACUCGGCGCCGGUCAUUGGGAAAGCCCCGGUUUGACACCGGUGGAUUUAUCCGAAUCUCCGAUUUCUUUGGAAGAUGGGUUCUUGGCUCCAUCCAGCCCCUUUCAGGAAUGGCUUCUGCCCCAGAGAUUUCUGGGGUGGAGAGACCGGCUGGCCAGCACCCUCCGUGGGAACGGGAACCCGGCUUGGGCCCAACCGGAGCCCAAGGAGGAGACCCCAAACCUGCCGUCGAGCAAGUGGAAGCCCCAAUGGACCAAGCUAUGGGUGGCCAUCAGGGAAAGCCGGGCGGCAGCCGGAGACACCGGUGCCAACGCCGAGGAAUGUCCGAAAAAGGAGAUAGAAAAACAGGAAUCGGUUUGCAAGGAGGAAAGCUCAUCGUCAGGGAGCCAUCUCAAGCCAGCAAUGGAUACCCCUGAGGCAGGAGAAGUCUACCUGGAAGGAACCCAAGCGGGCAAGGAGAAAUCGGAGGCGGGAAACGGGAACGAAAGGUGGCUGGGAUGGCUGUUUGGAGCCAAUUUUCCCGGGACGCUGAACGAGAUGGAUUUGAGUCUACCCCGAGCUAGCAGGCGCCCCUCGAGAUGGCUCUGCCCCACCGUUAACGCGCUGGCCCUCGCGAAGAAGGGGGGACCGACCCAGAAGCCCUGGCAAGAGGCAGACGGGACCCAGAAUCCCCCAGACCCAUUACAGACCUGCAAAGCUGUGCGGGCUCUCUGCGACCACGCAGGCGACGCCGCAGGCGGACACCUGGCCUUCUGCAAAGGGGACAUCCUGCAAGUGAUGGAGACGGUGGACGAAGAUUGGCUCAAAUGCCUCUCCGGAGACCGGCAAGGCCUCGUCCCCGUGGGUUACACUUCCCUCGUCAUGUGAAUGGCGGUCCAGGCCAGGUGGAAGGAAGAAGGGAGACCCCCCAAGGAUGGAGGAUCGAACUGACCCCCCCCGAAAAAAAACUGUUUUAAAAAAAAAAUAAACCCACCCCUAAAAGCACCGACUAGGUGGCUCAGUGGCUAAGACACUGAGCUUGUCGAUCAGAAAGGUUAGCAGUUCGGCGGUUCGAAUCCCUCGUAAAGGUCUCCUGACUGAGCAGGGGGUUGAGCUAGAUGACCUCCAAGAUCCCUGUUACCAUCCAAAUGACUAAAGCAUCACGGAGGGAGCCACCCAGGGAUCGUUUCAAGCCGACGUGCAAAUUUACCACCCCCCCUCUGAAAUGCUGAGCUGUGCUUUCUCGGAUCUGGGGAUCUUGGACUGGUCCAUCCUCCCCGUCGUCGGAAGCUGGCUGGGGAUGAUGGAGGGCGGGGGGGUAUCCCAGGACACCUCGAGUGUUGCGUAUGGGGGAAGCUGGAUCGGUUUCUUCUCUUUUGACGUCUGGGAUUUCUGAUUUUGAUUUGUCCGCCGCUCGUGUCUGCCGUCCAGCCGCCGUGCAAAAAAGAGCAUUUCCCGUCGUGUGUAUAUUGCAUAUAUCUGUGUAAAUAUAGAAAAAUUGAUAUAUAUAUAUAUAUACACACAGCCAACCUUAAAAUAACCAAACACAAAAGACUAUAGGUAGUCCUCGACUUAUAACGGUUCACUUAGUGACCGUUGGAAGUCACAACGGCGCUGGGAAAAAAAAGGCGAUUUAUGGUGAUCCUUUUUCACCCGUACGACCUCCCUAAGGUCACGCGGUCGAAAUUCGGACGCUUGGUAACGGACUCGCAUUUAUGACGGUUGCAAGUGUCCCGGACUCCCCUUUUGCGACCUUCCGACAAAGCAACGUCGAGGGAGGAAGGCGGAUUCGCUUAACGACCGGGAUUCGCGUAAGCCACGGCUGGCAAGGAAGGUCGUAAAACGGGGCAAAACUCACUGAACGGAGGUCCUCCCUCGGCAACGGGAGACUCCCGGGCUCGAUUGCGGUCAUUAAGUCGAGGGCUGUCUAUAUUGCUAGGGUUAACCGGAAGACAAAUAUCUUAAGGAGCUUAAUUUUUAAUAAUAAUAAUAAUUAUUAUUAUUUUUUGCCACUGCACGCUCUUCCCAAGCGCUCUUUGUCGAUUCAUUCCUUCUAGAAUCAGCCCACUUCUGUUUUCUAGAAGGCCACUUGUACACUGGAGAAGGAAAUAAAAAUAUUGUUCAGACAA